UGGAACCUUAAACAUUCUGUAAGAAUGGUCGUGCUGUGGGAAUGGUGCCGGUGUGGUACAGUCUUAGCACUGGAAGCCACCUGGACAGAGGUGGGACCUAGGACCUCCCACAGCUAAGUGAAGCUGGCUCUGAGGUCCUCAGGGCCCCGAGUGGCUCUCGCGUCCUUUCACUCAGUGCACCGUGACUGGGCACUGCCAGCAUGGGGUCUCCUGAGGGCCUCCCCUGUACCAGCUCGCUGAGUCAGCUACUAUGCAAAGCUGCUUCUUACACAGAGUCCACGUACAGUGGCUCUGUUGCUGCCUUGACACGCCAUGGGAAACCCGCACUUUCCAUGGGGACACAGGCACUGGACCCAUUGACACGGGGGUGCGGUGGCAGAGACGCUCCUAGCCCGCCCUCUGCCCGGAGGCCAUGGCGGUCUCCAGCGACCUCUUGCUGCACUUACUGGCUGGCGGUGCUCAGAUGCUCGCCUUCCUCCCCAGUGACACCACCCACUUUGUCAAGAAUGGGUCCAGAGAAACCAGCUUAUUCAAGAACACACUCGGCCGCUCGGAGUGGACAGAGCCAUCCUCUUGAGGACGACCACCGUCACCUGAACCAGUUCAUAGCUCACGCUGCCCUCGACCUCGUAGAUGAGAACAUGUGGCUGUCCAACAACAUGUACUUGAAGACUGUGGACAAGUUCAAUGAGUGGUUCGUUUCUGCAUUCGUGACCGCAGGCCAUAUGAGAUUUAUCAUGCUUCAUGACGUAAGGCAAGAAGAUGGGAUAAAGAACUUCUUCACUGACGUCUAUGACUUAUACAUAAAGUUUGCAAUGAAUCCAUUUUACGAACCCAAUUCUCCAAUUCGAUCGAGUGCGUUUGACAGAAAAGUUCAAUUCCUUGGGAAGAAACACCUUUUAAGCUGAAUGCAGAAAAACCUGGAAAUAAACAAUGUCACUACAAUGGCUUAUACUCAGGAAUGUGUACAUUUUAAGUAACUUGAUUAAGUAGCCUAGGAAACUUUUUAAUUUUAGUCUCAAUUUUAUGUAAACCUAGUUCUUUUUGUAUUUAAAAAUAGAACAAAAAAAUAGUUCACUUUCUUACUGUUGUUAACAGAUCAGUAUUUGCUUGUGAACAGUGUUAAUUUAUGAAGAGUUCUUUAUCAGUAAUCUUGAAAUACUUUUAUUUUAAAAAUUGAGAAGAAUAAGCUUUUGACUUUCCACAUUCAGCUUGCUUGGCCACGAAGUGCCAGAUUGUUAUAUCCAGACAAUAUGUCAUUGUCAAGAUCUGGCAGAUUGAAAACUGAUUCUGGCAGUAAGGAAUGAAGUCGAUAAUUACACACGUGGACUUUCUAUACUCUAGCGAGGUUAUAUAUUUUUUUAUCACUUUAUUGGGGAACUAAUGAUUUACAGGACAGUUGUCACAUGUGUACAGUUUCUUAUCUCCCCGUGAUAGGCGUCUGCGCAACACACCCACCACCCACUUAAGUCGUCCUGGAGAUACUGUAAUAAAAAUGUGUAGGCAGUAUACUUAGCACUGCCAAGAAGCUGACGCUAGUAGCUGUUGUAUUGGCAGGCAUUACACACCUUGCCCGUCUGAGACUGGGAAGCGAUCCUGCUGUCAUUCUAGAAUCCACCAAAGCGAUGGGUUAUUUUCUCACUACCAAGUUCUCAUACUUCCUCUCUCUGAGACAGUCAACUAAAAAUCAAGUAACUCUGUUGAAAUCUGUAUUACUAAGAAGUUACGAUCGACUUGAAAACCAUUUCUGAAAAGCUUGGAGGACGUAAAAUCCGCACACAGCCUUUGAGGCACUGCAGACCAAAGGGACCGGAAGCCUCUCUUGUACUUUGACCAGUUGAGGAUCUUACUGAGAAGCAGAGCAUAUGACCCUGUUUAUGUGCAGCUUGUGAGCACUUGGAUUGUUCCAUUCUACUCGAGCAAGUGGUUCUAGGUUCAUUCUUGUAUUCCUGUGUGUAGAGUUACUGCCCUGAUUUCAUUCCACUUUCUAUUUAUUUGAUUUGUUAAAUAAAGAUGCUUGUUUGGCCAAGA